CGCACCGUGUGGAUCGUCACCCAACGAGGCAAGGAGUUCGCGUUUUGGAGCAGAGAUCCUAACGCUGAGGUAAGAUCUGCAGACAUCGUCCCUACUCUGUGCACCACACCAGGAAAAGCGGGAUACUGAACAUAAACGGUAGGAACUGAAGACAACUCGGAAACAUGAGUGAGGCCUCAGUGAAAUCCUACACGUGUAACUCCACCACGCAGGACCGAAACAUCAGCUCCAGUUGCAGUACACAUGCGUCCCCUUGGUUUUCAACGGUAUUUGCAGCUGCUGGAGUCCUGUCUAAUCUGAUUGCGUUGGCAGUGCUAGUCAGCGCUUACAGAAAGGCUCGGAGUAGGUCUCGUUCCUCCUUCUUGAUUUUCCUCUGCGGCCUGGUUUUAACAGACUUCUUAGGGCUUGGUACGACAGCACUGAUCGUCGUGACGUACCAUCACACUAAAUUCAGCUGGGAGAAAGUUGACCCUGACAACCACCUCUGCAGAUUUCUGGGAUUUUCCAUGGUGUUUUUUGGACUCACUCCUCUGCUGCUGGGAGCCACCAUGGCUGUGGAGCGUUUCCUAGGAAUCAACAAGCCGUUCCUGCGCUCUACCAAUGCCUCAAAACGUCGUGCUUGGUACACCGUCUUCCUCGUUUGGCUGUUUGCGUUCUGCAUUGGGUUCUUCCCUAUCUGUGGCUUUGGACAUUACACACGUCAGUGGCCCAAUUCCUGGUGUUUCUUCAACAUGAUAAACAGCACCAGUGAUGCUGCAUUUUCAAUGGUGUUUUCCAGUGUGGGAUUGUUAUCUCUCGCACUGUCUGUUUUCCUGAAUACAAUCAGCGUGGUUACACUCCUCAAAGUCUGCUUCAAGAGGCUGAGCGUCGAAAGGAGCAGAGAUCACGAAGUAGAAAUGAUGGUCCAGCUCUUGGGUAUAAUGAUAAUUGCCACAGUGUGCUGGGCUCCAUUACUGAUACUUAUCUUCAGAAAGACCCUGGUGGAUUUGCCAGAUAACGAACAACUGAAAAAAACCCUCGUCAUUUGCAUCCGAAUUGCCACAUGGAACCAAAUCCUCGAUCCUUGGGUCUACAUAUUGUUCCGAAGAUCAGUUUUGAAAAAGUUCAACUCAAGUUUACGGUCCAGACCUUCGAUAUCCUCAUUGUACCCCUCUAUAAAUGCAUCGUAUAGCAGAAGAUUUACACAGGGCUCAGUAACGAUCUCUUAGUACAUAGUUCAGACUGAAUUCCACUGACUUUGACCAAACUAGGCUUAGUUGUAAAUAAUGUAUUUUAUGUUGUAUUAAAGCUUGCUUCUUUGUAGUAUAUGUAAUAUUGGUUGUAGACAAUAAUUGUUUCUUUAAGACCAUCAUUUCUGUAAGAACUGCGUCAUGUGACCAACUGCUCAGAGGGUUACAGCAUUAUAUAUAAAACAUAGAAGAGUACAGCACCAGAACAGUCCCUUCGGCCGGCAAUGUUGUGCUAUAUUAAGUACACCCAAAAUCUAAUCCCUUGUACCUACACAAUGUCCUUAUCCCUCUAUCAUCCUUACAUCCAUGUUCCUACCUAAACAUUUCUUAAAAGCCUCUAAUGGAUUUGCCUCUGCCCCCCUACCAGGCAGCGCAUUCCAGGCAUCCACUACUCUCCAAGUAAAAAAUUUACCCCUCACAUCCCCUUUGAACUCAGCCCCUCUCACCUUCAAUACCUGGGAAAUUUCAACCCUGGGAAACAGAUACCCACAGCUGGCCGUAGGGAGUUUAUACGUUCUCCCUGUGCUUGUGUGGGUCUCCUCCAGGUGCUUCAGUUUCCUCCCACAGUCCAAAGACGUACCGGUUGGUAGGUCAAUUGGUCAUUGUAAAUGGUUCCAUUAUUAGGCCAAAGUUAAGUCGGGCGUUACAGGGCAUUGUGGUUUGAAGGGCCGGAAGGAUGUUGAUAAAUAAAUAAUCUCUGACCACUCUGUCUGUGCCUCACAUAAUCUUGUAAACCUCCAUCAGGUCAACCCUCAGCCUCCAGCGCUCUGAGAAAACAAGCCAAGUUUAUCCAGCCUCUAGUGAUAGUGCAUGCUGAUAUGGGGUGUCUUGAGGCAGUUGGGUUCUUGAUAAACAAAACAUAGCUUAUUUUGACCACCUUGUGUCGUAACUGUACACCAUGAUGGAGCUGAUUGGACAAACACAUUAACCAUCUAUGUUUUAUCAACCAUUGUUAAAAGUAUGGAGUGACCUGGUGUCCUGCAUAAAAACACAUGGGCUUUUGACUGUAGAAUUGAUCUUGAAUACAUUAAAAGUGCUGUAUUUAAAUUCAGUUAACGUUGGGUUAAUUUUACGCAAAGGAAACAUGGUAUAAUUUGCUGUCGGCCGUUCAGUCUUGGUCUGAGGCAAAGAUGAACAGUGACAGCAAUGCUCACAAAACGCUGGAGGAACUCAGCAGGCUAGACAGCAUCAAUGGAAAGGAGUAAACAGUCGACAUUUCGGAUCAAGACCCUUCAUCAGGACCACCAGCAUCUACAGAUUUUUUCAUGUUUGUGAUGAACAGUGAAAGCUCAUUAAAAAUGUUGGACAGCAUGACUUCGGUUUUGCGGCACAUCAAAGUAAUUGGAAGAAGAAAAAUUGCCAUUAAAGCAAAUACUUUGUCAAGAGGAACGCACACAAAAAGCUGGAGGAACUGAGCAUCUAUCGAAAUGUCAAUAUUUCAGGCCAAGAUCUUUCAACAGCACUGGAAAGGAAGGAAGAAGAUGCCAAAAUAAGAAGGUGAGGGAAGGGGAAGGAAGACAAGCUAGAAGGUGAUAGGCGGAGCCAGGAGAGGGGAGAUGAAGUAAGAAGCUGGAAGGUGAUAGGUAGAAAAGGGUAAAGGGCUGAAGAAGAAGGAAUCUGAUAGGAUAGGAGAGUGGACCAUGGGAGAAAGGGAAGAAGGAGGAUCUAAGGGAGAAGAGGUAAGAGGCCAGAGUGGGGAGUAGGAGAAGAGAGAAGGGGGAUGGGAAAAUUACCAGAAGUUCAAGGAAACAAUGUUCAUACCAUCAAGUUAGAGGCUACAAAAAAACUGAGGUGCAAAAGGACUUAGGACUUCUUGUGCAGGAUUCCCUAAAGGUUAAUUUGCAGGUUGAGUCUGUGGUAAGAAAGGCAAAUGUGAUGUUAACAUUCAUUUCAAGGGGAGUAGAAUAUAAAAGCAAGGAUGUAACGUUAAGUUUUUAUAAAACAAUGGUGAGGCCUCACAUGGAGUAUUGUGAGCAGUUUUGGGCCCCUUAGAAAGGAUGUGCUGCCACUGGAGGGGCUUCAAAGGAGGUUCACAAAAAUGAUUCCAAGAUUUAAUGGCUUGUCAUAUGAAGUGUGUUUGAUGGCGCUGGGCCUGUAUUCAGAAGAAUGAGGGGUGACCUCAUUGAAACCUAUGGAAUGGUGAAAGGACUUGAUAGAGUGGAUGGAGAGGGAUCUUUCCUAUGAUGGGAAAGUCUAAGAACAGAGGACUCAGUCUCAGAACAGAGCAGCAUCCAUUUAGAAUGGAGCUGAGAAGGAAUUUCUUUUCCCAGUGAUUGGUAAAACUGUGGAAUUCUUUGCCACAAGCAACUGUGGAGGCUAAGUCUGUUUGUCUGUCUGUCCAUCUAUUUAUCUAUCUAUCUAUCUAUAUCUAUAUAUAUAUAUAUAUAUGUAUAGGCAAAGGUUGAUAGAUUUCUGAUUGGUCAGGGCAUGAAGGGAUACAGGGAGAAGGCAGAAGAUUGGGGCUGAGAGGAAAAUUGGAUCAGCCAUGACUGAAUGGUGGAGCAGGCUCGAUGGGCCAAAUGGCCUAAUUCUGAUCCUGUAUCUUAUGGUCUUUGUCAAAAAAAAUUGGCAGAUAAAAGUGAAUUCAGUAUAUGAAAACUUAAUUAUUUGUUGCAGUAACUAUAUUUAUGGAAAUAAGCCAAAAAUGAUGUGGAAGUUCCAAGAUUCUUGUAUUGAUGAUGUGUUUGGCUCUUCCUCAAGCUUUUAGACUGCAUUUGAUUUAAUUUUGAAUAUUUCACUCACUACUAUUCAUGGUCAUAUUGCAAAAUCACUUAGUUUCCAUUUGAGUGUAACUACUGCCAGACCAAAAAUACAC